UGAUGAUGGCUGAUAACAACGACAACAAUGAUGGGCUAAUAAUAAUAUUAUAAUAACAAAUACUAAUGGGUAUUUUUCUUUUUUCUCAUAGCGCUUCUGUCACAACAGAUAUGGAAGUGAAGCUGAAAGCACUUGAGUGUCACUUUACAUGGGGAAUAGAAAAGGAUGACAUCAAGGACCGGGACAGCCUCCCUGAAAAACUUCUGGAUCGCGUCAUGAAGUUCAGCAGUCCGAACCAUGCCACAUAUUUCAACUUACUAGCCUUUCUGAGCCACCUGGAGGAAAACAAUGUUAGUGCUCUUGAGUAUCUCCACAAGGCUGAGAGUGCAUUGAAGAAUAGACAGGAUGAUACAGAGUUACUGGUAACCUAUGCUAACUUUGCAUGGGUUCACUAUCACUCAGGGAACAUGAAUGAUGUGGAUGCCUACAUUGGAAAGCUGGAAAACAUCAAUAAGGGUGUUACGACUGCUAUUCAAGGCAGCUUACCUACAAUACAUGGUGAGAAGGCUUGGAGUUUUCUAAGGCUUGGGGGGCUAUUUUAUUUGGGGGCAAAGGAGAGCUUUCAGAAAGCUCUUAAGGAAGAACCAGACAAUGCAUCCUUCAACGUGGGCUAUGCCAUGGUCCUGUACAGGUUGGAGGGGUUAGCCAGGAAAGGAAAUGUGAGGUUGGCGCAUACUGAAGGUGCUACUCAGCUAAGGAAAUCCUUAGAGCCCGAUAACACUGAAAUCAUGGUCCUGCUAGCCCUGCAGCUUCAAAAGCAAAGUAGACAUGAGUCCAUGAAACUCAUCACAGAGGCCCUCAGACUGUCUCCUGACGUACCUCUUGUCAUUCGUUACGUGGCUGAGUUUUUCAGUCACGAGGGCAUCAAUGAGACCCUGGAGGUUCUGAAGAAAGCUGUGAAACUGUCUCCACACUCCUCCUUCAUGCAUAACCAAAUCGGCCGGUGUCACAAAAGUCAGUUCAACCAGAUGUCUGAGCAGAAGAGGAAAGGGAUAUGGAGGGUCAACGCACGCCAGAUAAAAGAGAAGAUGGAGCUCUGCAUCCAUCACUUCUCCAGAGCUGUGGAACUGAAGCCAUCCAACGUCCAAUUCAGGUUGAACCUGGCUGAGGCUUACGGAGACAACUACCAGCUGGAGGAGGCGAUGAAGAUCUUCACCAACCUGCUGAAAGAUGAGUCCCUUAGUGACUCAGACAAGCAGCAAUGCUACUCCGGUUUCAGCCUGUUUCUGUUCUUCAGGAAGAAAGACGAGGAUGGUGCUGUGACCCAGUUCAAAAAGGCCUACCAGAUUCCGAUUGAGAGUUGGGACAGGAAUAAGGCUAGGAAGAGGCUGAAGCAGAUCGCUAACCAGAAGAGAGUUGGCGAGGCCUCUGAGAUUUUGGAAUUCCUCGCCACUGAAGACAAAAAAGGCAGGAAUGCUGAAGCGCCAAGGAGAGUCGAGGUGCACUCUUCAGACACAGAUGACCUUACAGAUGCCCUAGGCAAAGGAAUGAAACUGAAAUGA